UAUUUCUGCGCUGUUCUGCGCUGAUUGCUGCCAUUUGCAGCUACGAAGGUGUGGUUGUGGUAGUGCUAUUGUAAACCCAUUUCAUGUGUAUGGUACAGUUACCUAUCUGAGUUGCCUGAUUUCUGUUGAGCGACGUGUUCUCAGGUAAAACUAUUGCAUCUACGUGUCCCGUAUUUCUCGGAGACACCGCAAUUCGAGCGGGAAACAUGUACGAGGGCUCACUUACGCAGAGCUACACUCUGGUUAACAGUGGAACAUGGCGCCGAUGCACUCUCGUCUCUAAUGCGCAUCAUUUGUAAACAACAACACGUGUGAGCUCCAAACGUAACUUCAUCGUUGAUCGUCACGUCGGCGUUCUGUUGGAAGUUGCAAUGGAAACGGCUGUCGAAGUUCCGAGCAUACACGAAAGUGUUUCGCCGAAGGGCGAUAGUUUUCAAGGCGCGACAUGCCGAUCGGUGAGCAGCGAUCGUCCCAAAACUUUGAAACCAGCGAAUGGCGCGAAGACUAGUCCGCUUGCAAAAAAACUGUUGCAGAAAGAAGAAAGCGCCAGCAGUCAAAAUCGUCCUCCAGCGAAUAAGAUGCUGCAUGGCAAGCGUCGUCAAUCGUUCGGCACUGCAUCAGAGUUCAAAUAUUCGUUCAAACGGAGACGCCGCGAGCAUUUCACGCCACCGACAAAAUUCUUGCUGGGUGGCAACAUUAACGACCCUUUAAACUUGGCUAGCUUUGCUGACGCCGAAAUUAACAAACGAGCCAACGAAGUUACGCCCAAGUCGUCUCCCAUACCGAUCCCGAAGCACAGAAGGCAAGUCGAAGUCAUCAUCCCUCCAAACAUCAACGACCCAUUGAACUUGAACAGCGGUGAGGACAUUGAGUUCCCUGUGGUGUCGCCGCGUAACAAAAAACGUCGCCGCCGACAUAAACGCAAAUCAAAAAGCGAAGACGAUGACCCCGGGGCACAGUCCGCUCCCGAAAUGUCAACAGUUGACGACGAAGUGCCCGCGCAAAGGAAGCUUUCGACGCCGACCAAGCUCGCUCUGCCUGCGGUUAGACCUGACGAGAAAGUAGUGGACAAGAUUGUGUCGCCCGUGGUACCUCAGGGCUCGCCCACGAAAUUUCCCCGCAGACACAACUCCAAGUCUGGUACGAGAGAGCCAACCCGUAACCAGAGGCGGUUCUCCACCAGCAAGGCAAAGCCGGUGCACUUUCGUGAGAAGGAUGCCCAGUUUCAGUACGGCAAUUACAACCGAUACUACGGCUACCGUAAUGGAGGAGGACAGGAAGACCCACGGUUAUUUGUUAUGGAGGAGUCCUGGUUUCGAGACAAGGAUGUGUUGGACAUUGGAUGCAAUGUGGGACACUUUACACUGUCCCUGGCCAGAAAGUUUUCUCCUCGAAAGGUGAUAGGCCUGGACAUCGACGGUCGAUUGAUCAAGGCAGCACGGAAGAACGUCCGUCACUACCUCACGGCAGAGCUGUCGGGAGGGAUGGAGUUUCCAGUCUCGAUGGCCAUCUGUCAUGGCCCCAUUGCAGCAGCAGCACUACCAGGACGACGGGAAUCCAUCACGUUUCCAAACAACGUGUUCUUUGUGCAGGGAAACUACAUCCUGGAAAAUGAACUGCUGCUGGAGACCCAGAGGCCAGAGUUUGACACCAUCCUCUGCCUGAGCCUCACUAAGUGGGUGCAUCUCAACUGGGGAGAUGAAGGCAUAAAGUGCCUCUUCAAACGCAUGUUCCUGCAACUGCGACCUGGAGGACAUAUGAUCCUUGAAGCUCAGCCCUUCCAUUCUUAUACAAAGAAGAAGAAGAUGACUGAAACAACGUACAGAAACUUCAGUGCCAUAAGGCUGAGGCCAGAAAAGUUCAUGGACUAUCUGCUGUCGCCCGAAGUGGGGUUCGAAUCUUGUCGACUCAUUGACAUACCAAGUCACUCUUCCAAAGGCUUUCAGAGGCCCAUUUAUUUAUUCACAAAAGCAUCAUGUGAAAGCACAGAGCCAACCUUUGGUGGAGACAGUGCGAUGACCGUGGAAUAGGACAUCCGACAUAAACUGUGUUCUGUGGAGUUGUGAAACCAUAACGUCUGCCAGGAUUGUGGCAUGACCAAAUAGACUGUGAAUCCAAAGGGACUUCAUCUUGUGUUUUCUUUUUUCUUUUUUUUUUUGUUAUUAUUAAUUCUUUUUUAGUUUUCAUGUCAUGCCAUAUGUACACCCAUUUCACUGCACGUUAUUGCAGUUUGGUUCAAGUUAUCAGAACCAGCUGAUCUGCACUCUAAAAGAAUGCAGAAGUUAUAUCAAAUGUAAAAAUUAAAAGUACUUAUGAUUUGA